ACAACGAGUUGAGACGAUGAGAGACACAGACGAUGUUACCACGAUCAAUAGCAGAGAAACGGUGAAAUAAACAACAAACGCGUUUAAAGCGUCGUUAAGAGUGGAAGUGCGGUGAAAAAUAGCGCUUAAGUCAAGUUGGUAAAACAAAAACAUACAAAACAACCAAAAAACAAGAGUAGCGCGCGCGUUUUUGGCCAGUGCAUAGUGAAUUUGAAAAAAAAACAAGAUAAAAAAAGUGUUUUUUUCUUAUAUCAAAUAAAGAAAUUUUUUUGUGUUUACUUUAAAAUUUAUUGAGUAUUAAAGCAAAAAUGGUAGAUCACUCUGUUACCAUUAUGACCCGUUCCAACACGGAUGUGCCUGGUGCAACGAGCACCACAGCCACAGUGACUCCACCCGUACGCAGCAGCACUACCACCACCACGGUGACCACAUCAUCUUCGCCUCGUCAAAAUGAUGAGGUUACCCGAGGCAUUUACAAUCUGAAAAUGGUGCUUUUCCUGUUGCUGCUGCCAUUGAUUCUAUUUGCGGUCUUUCUGAAGCACCUUUUGGAUUAUCUGUUCGGUUUGGGCUCCAAGGAGAAAGAUGUCAGGGGCAAAGUGGCAGUGGUAACUGGUGGUGGCAGUGGUUUGGGACGAGAAAUUGCUCUGGAGCUGGCGCGGAAGGGUUGCAAAGUAGCUGUUGUCGAUGCCAACUCCAAAGGAUGCUACGAAACUGUGGAUAUGAUAUCCAAAAUCCCUUCAAGUAUUGUCAAAGCUUAUAAGACUGAUGUUUCAUCGCACCGUGAACUGCAAUUAAUGGCCGUUAAAAUUGAAAAAGAAUUGGGACCUGUGGACAUUCUAGUUAACAAUGCCUCAUUGAUGCCAAUGACAUCGACACCUCAAUUGAAAAGUGACGAGAUCGAAAAAAUCAUCACCGUUAAUUUGGGCUCUUACAUUAUGACAACCAAGGAAUUUCUACCAAAAAUGGUUCAGCGCCAAUCUGGUCAUGUUGUUGCUGUGGCAGCACUGUCUGGUCUGGUGCCCUUACCCGGUGCUGGCAUUUAUACAGCCACAAAAUAUGGCAUUAUUGGAUUUAUGGAAGCUUUAAGAUGUGAAUUACGUGAAUCGAAUUGUGAUUUUAUACGGACCACGGUGGCCAAUACGUAUUUCAUGAAAACCAGUGGUGAUUUACAUUUACUCAGCGAUGCAGGCAUCUCGAGUAGCUAUCCUGGUUUACCAACAGCAUAUGUGGCAGAGAAAAUUGUCCGUGGAAUGCUGCUGAACGAGCGUAUGGUGUACGUGCCAAAAAUAUUUGCAUUAAGUGUCUGGUUGCUCAGAUUGUUACCCACCAAGUGGCAGGAUUAUAUGCUGUUGCGUUUCUACAAGUUCGAUGCUCGCAGUACCCAUUUGUUCCUUUGGAAAUGAUGAACUCACGUUAAGGAUUCGUGUGGGAAAAAAGGGGUUACUCUCUUAACGUUGUGCCAAAAUGUUCUAAAACUCUAAGCUCUGUGUUCGUGGUUUGCCCAGUAUCUCUCUUUAAGGCCCAAACAGAUGGAUGUUAACAAACAACUCAAGUCCAGGGUCAAAUGGCCCCAUGAGCUAUAUUAAGAAGGCCUUGCAUUUUAUUUUCAAAAGUCCCAUAAAAUAGGUUUUUAAGUAAUUGUCUCUUAUCUCUAUUUUUUUUUUCUAUACAGUAUACCUAUACAUACAUACAAAUAUAAUAUACUCGAGUAUGCCAUUGUGCAUGUGUUGUAUUUUAGUAUUUAUUUAAAUAAUUGUUAAAUGUUUAAGUUUUUUUUUUUAAUAAAUAAAAUUCUAACACUUUAGUUUUAAAG